AUGGCGACGAUUGCCCUUCCGAGACCCAUUGCCCCGCACCGCCCAACGUCGACGGUGGGAUCCGUCCCAACCAUAUCGCUCGAGUCCAUUGGCACUGCUCAAGUGCCCGUACCAAACAAGCAUCUUCCAGUUUGUCCUCCAGGCCCUGUUCCCGCCGAGGAGCCAAACACUCCUCCUCCAUCACCCCCUCGCGACGACGACUUGAUUCAGCAGACUUCGUUGUUGUUCCCCCCCGACAAGUUCCCCAAAUUCGAGUCGGGCCCGGCCACCAUAUAUACCGUCGGCCCCGCCGAUGUGGCUACUGCUGUCGACUAUGUCUCCCGUCAGCCCUUGCCGGAUCCGAAUCAAGUCUUUCCAUGGUUCCAUGGUCUUCAUCCUCACAAUCAUAUCCAGCAGGCUUUCUUCAUCGCUCGCCACCGUUCACUCCGUAAAACACCUACCUGUGUUCGGGGGGUCACGCUCGUCAAAGCGGACGGUGAUCUGAGCGUCGCCCGCCUCAAAGGUGCUAUAGCCCCACAAGAGCUCAUCAACCUGGCCGCCGCCGCCCCCGAAUUUCUCGAUGUCGACCCCCGCGAUGGCUUUUGUGUGAGGAAUUUCCAGAUUCAGGCUGCAAAAGCUGCCAUGGUUUCGGACAUUGUCGUCUACGGCCAGGAUGAGGCGGCUGUUCGCAAAGUGAGCUUCGAUAUUGCGACGGCACAGCUUCGAUGGCGACAGAGACACGAAGCCCAGGGUCACUCUGUUCCGGAAUACAACACAUUCAUGUGUUGUUCUCCAUUCAACAACUUUGAGAACAACCACAAGGAGAUUGUUGCUGUCGACGCUCAGGGUCAUUUGACUGGCAAUGUCCUCGACUUUUUCCACCAAGAACGGAUAGAGAUGUAUGACAUGACCAGAGCAUCGGAAAUCUCCCACAAUGUUUGGCUCGGUCCAACACCAGAACCUUCCUCAGGGGAAGACCAACAGUUCGAUGUUUUGAUCGAAUGUAGUGAUGUCGGUCGGCUUAACCCUUCAGCACUGCGGACCUUGGCUGAGUCUCGGGUUGAGCCUGCUCAGAGGCCCUACAUUGACUUCCCCUCCUCUGGAAGCAUCUUACCACCUACAUGGUCACAAGCCGAAGCCGAUGGCAUUUUGGAAACCUGCAAAUGGAUUUAUCACUUAGCCCAUGGCACGCUUCCAGCCACAAACAGCACCGACAUCGAUAGGGACGGCGAUACCGAUAUGAACGGGCAGGCUCUGUCGCCUGUUAAUAGGAGAGAAAGAAAGAUUCUCAUCCACUGUGCUGAUGGAUACACCGAGUCUACCAUGCUUGGAAUCGCAUACUUCAGCUACAGCACUGGCAGGGGUAUUGCCGAUGCCUGGUUGGACUUGCAUACCAUCAAGAAGCGGAAUUUCUUCGCCUAUCCUACUGACGUUGCUCUUCUUACCUGUAUCGAGGCCCGAUUACUACAUGAGUCGCCCGUUCAUUCGGGUAAGGGCCUCGGCGAAAUCACGUCGCUGAUAAAGGAACCAGCAUGGCUUCCCGGUCUAGAUGGAUCAUUGCCUAGCAGAGUUCUUGAAUAUAUGUACCUCGGCAAUCUAUGUCACGCGAACAACACCGAUCUCUUGAGGGCCAUGGGGAUAACUCAGAUUUUGAGUGUUGGCGAGACUUCGAUGUGGAGGGAAGGCGAGUUGGAGGAAUGGGGUCCAGAAAACGUCUGCAUUGUACAAGGAGUGCAGGAUAACGGAAUUGAUCCUUUGACGGAUGAAUUCGAGAGAUGUCUCGAUUUUAUUGAGCGUGGCCGGCGCAACGGAACAGCCACGUUGGUACAUUGCCGCGUUGGAGUAUCGCGCAGUGCAACCAUUUGCAUCGCCGAAGUAAUGCGGUCUUUGGGUCUGUCUUUCCCCCGAGCAUAUUGCUUCGUCCGAGCCCGCAGGCUCAAUGUCAUCAUUCAACCACACCUCCGUUUCGCGUACGAACUUCUCAAAUGGGAAGAGCUCAACCAGUCGAAGAAAAAGGGUUCAUCUAGGGUGAAGCGGGAACUCGAAUGGGGUGAAAUCGCCAGAGAGAUCGCUCUAAUGAACCGUCCUUACGCCAGGUAA